AUGGUGCUGCUGAGUCCAUCGAUUGGCGCGUUACGAAAACUGGUCGCAAUGUGUGAGUCGUACGCUGUGACCCAUGGACUCAAAUACAAUGCCAAAAAGAGCGAGACGAUUAUUUUUAAGGCAGGGUCAAAGACCUAUACGGACGCUCCUGGUAUCUCGCUCAGUGGCACACCUCUCAACAGGGUGCAAAAGGUGAAGUAUUUGGGUCACUGGGUCACGGAGGACUUAAAAGAUAAUUGUGACGUGGAGAGGGAGCGCAGGUCGCUGUCUGUCCGUUGUAAUAUGUUGGCUCGCAGGUUCGCAAGAUGCUCACAGCCUGUGAAAACUACAUUGUUUAAGGCAUAUUGCCAAUCUUUUUAUACAUGCGGUCUGUGGGUCAACUUUACGCAGCGGGCAUAUAGCGACUUGCGAGUCCAAUAUAACAACGCGUUUAGGGUUCUGUUGGGGUUGCCGCGGCACUGUAGUGCGUCGGGCAUGUUUGCGGAGGCGCGGACCGACGAUUUUGCUGCCAUAAUGCGCAAGCGGUGCGCCUCCCUGCUAGCCCGAGUUCGCUGCAGCACCAACGGGAUCCUGAGCGCGUUCGCGGACCGCUGGGAUUCCGCGCUGAUGCGGAGAUGGACACAGCUCCAUGUAUCGCGCUCCACGUAG